AUGUUAGGUAAUUUUGAAUUAAAAAAAAAAUAAAUAUUAAACUGCAAAUACUUAAUUAGAUUAAUAUAUUAUUAAUUAAAUUUUAUUAUCAAUUAAAUAUUAUAAUGUCGUUAACAAAUAUACAAUGUAAGUUUUUGUUAUUGCACAAGAUUGAAUAAUUUUUUUGUAUUAAUAAAACUAACAUGGAAAAAAUUAUGAUUAAUGAUAUCUCAAAUUAUUAUAUUUAAUUAAUAAAUAAAGUAUAUUAAUGUUUGAUUGAUCUAUAUUUUUACUAAAUUUAAUUAAUAAUAAUAAAUAAGUACAUAACAUCAGUUGCGGAAGACCUUCGAGUUAUCAAGAUACGCAAAGAUGGCUGAGGAAAGUGACAGGAGUCAAUUGCCACCCGGUUGGGAAUGCAGAUAUGACAUUCGAAGUGGUCGUCCGUAUAUAUUUUAUAAAUCAUUUUAACCGUACUACAACAUGGGAAGAUCCAAGAGUAAGAUAUUGGCAGUAUUCUCAGUAUAUACAAUCACAAAAUUCAAUGGCACUGAGUUCUGUUACAACCAUCACUUCCCAAGAUAUACCUAUGCAGACUGGAGGAAAUGGAGUUGGUGCACAUAUAGGUUAUGCAGGAGCUCAUAGAGCUCCACAAAUCUAUCCAACACUGUCCCCUUAUCAUAAUCCACAACUUGCAUUUUUACCUCCUUGUUUACAGGAUCUGAAAACUCCAUUAUCAUUGAAAUCAGUUAGUGCAAUGACAAACAGACUCGGGGAUAUGACAUUAGGAUCUCCAACUCCAGUAAAGAAUAUGGAAACAUGCUUAACACAGAAUUCUGAUUCUGAAUUGCAAGUUGCCAAAAUCAAUGCUAUGUUUCCAACAGUUUCUGAUACUCAUAUUCGACUUCUUUUGAAAAAAUACCAUAACAGAGCAGCUUUGGUUGUCAGCGCUUUACAAGUGGAGAAGAAUCCUCUUUGUGCACCAGGACCAUGCACACCUGUGGGAGUGCAUUCAAACUAUGCAAUACCAAGAUGGCGAUUACCACCACAUGCUAUACAUGCAGCUCUAACAUUGAGUCCACCUCGUGGGGCUCGGCCAGCCCCUAACUCCCCAAAAAUAAAACUUAGGUUUUUCCCAUACUUAUAAUUUAAAUUUCAUCAGAUAUAUUGAUAUUGUACCUUGA